AUGUCACUCUCCGUGCAGCGCAUCCACGAGCUAUGGUUAGAGGAGUUGCAGGGAUUGGGCGCCGCCCCGGACCAUCCUACAGAACCGGUAAAAUUCUUGCACAGCAUCCAACUCCCUAAUCGAGCGACGAUUCCGCGCCUGGUCUGCCGCAACGGGCGCUGGCUGCUGCUUAGUCAGGAGAGGCAGCGUCUGCAGCUAUUGGCCGGAACUCUUGUUCGCAUUCGUGGUAUGGUGCAGCACCACGGUGAAGAACAAUACUGCCCUUGGGGCACCGUCAACGAGUACACCGCGACGUUUUCCUGUGGUUUCGCCCCAGAACUGGGGCCACUCGAAACCGUGACGCAUGACCAGCUCGCGUCCGAGACGCCUGAAACGAACUGCUGGGUGGCGCGACGCCCGCUUUUUCUCGAGCCCGUGCCGGGCGAUCGCUUCUAUUCGUUCGACGAGUUUCUGGUCAGUUCGUCAAAGGGCGUCGGCGACGAGGCGGCACUCAUCGACAUUCUCGCAGAUGAUACUGCUAACAGCAACGAAAGCGGUAAUGAAAGCGUUGAGCGCACCGAAUGUCGUCAGUGCCCAAAUGCGACACACGGAGGCCAAGUGCAGUUCAGCAGCAACGGCUGCAGUCGCGCUAGCGGCAUGCCGAGUGAGGCGACGACCUUGGCGGCCCAGAGUAGGCAGGCCGCGUCCGUUGUCGUGUACACAUAUGGCAACAUGUCUGAGCACUCCAAGCUGAAUGAGAUCGUGGAGGCCAUUGGUUUCUUGGAACUCCGCGACGGUUCCCAGCUUUCCGGAUGCCUGGAUGAUCGUCGCGAUACUGCAGACUCGGACAUUUGCACUGACAUAGAGCAGCAGCUCGUUGUUCACGCGCUUCGAGUCGAAUCCGCGGCUCGAGUACGUGUCGAAACGGGUGACGGAUCCACGAUGAACCAGAUAGCUGUGUCCCGUGUUGACGAAGGAAAACUCGCAGAUCCGUACUGGCGCCUGCAGUCCUUCUUGAACAAGUUCCUCUUCCGUGACCGUGAUCAUCUCGCGGCGUCGUAUCUUGUCUAUACCUUGAUCGGAUCGCGAGGACCCCGACCAGCCACACGAAUUGUGCUCCAACUGAGCUUGCCGCGAGACACGGACUCCAUAGCGGCAAAGCGCUUCGCUCGGCGCCUGUAUCGCGUGCUGGCGAUGCUGAACGUAUGCUGCCAACGUCUACGCGUCUCGGUGGCGGCACUCAAUGGGAGCUCCUGGACGCCGCACCAGCGUGCCGGGGAAGACCGACUGGAGCCUACGGUGUUGCAAUUGCCCCGCGAAGCUGCCUUGGUCGUUGAUGAAACCUAUCUCGAGUCCAGCGGUGGAAGCUUGAACCAAACAGGUGUACAGAAUAUGCGAACACUCGCUGAUGUACUCGGUAGCGGGACCAUUCGGUAUCCCUACGCUUACACGGAGGGGCUGCUUUUCGAGGUUGACUGGUCCAUAGUCCUGCUUACGAUUGGACGCGGCCUGGUUCCUCAGGCUAUGCUGCACGCUGCGCACACCAUCAAGCGUGUGCAGCUGGAUGCAUCCGUCUUGGAUGCAGACGACGCCGGGCUCGAGAGCAAUGCGCAUUCGCUGCGCGACCUGCUCCCAGUGUCGGAUAUUGUUGCGUCCCGCGAGGCGCUGGCGUGCAUACGGCAUCGUGCAUGGCCGACUAUUCCCGAUGAUGUGGCUUCUUUCAUCGAGAGCGAUUUCGUCCGUUUGCGCCAAGAAGCGAGAACCCGAUGCCUGCAAAACAUUGAUGGUCCGGCAGCACCAGACGCCGAAGCCCUCGACACCAUGCUGCGCCUGGCUAUCUUGGAGUCUCGAGCCCGCGGGGAGCACCAAGUCUCUAGGGAGCGUUGGGAACAGAUCAGGGCUAUUGAGCAGGAGCGACACCAACGUGUUUCUGGCUCAUAA